AACUUCCGGUUACCGGUUUUUUUCAUAAAACCUGAUUUUUUUUUGUGGGUUGGGGUUGGUGUCUGACGGUUUUUUUCAGUCUCUUGUCCACCUCUCGCCUAAAGAAACACGUUUUAACUGUAGUCCUUUAGAUAUCGUACCAUAAUCAGAAGGCACUACUGGCAGAAAAGAAAAGAAGCUAUUUAUUUUUUUCAUUUUUUUUUACCCCCAAAAGAAAGAAGAAAGCCAAAAGAGAAAAAUAUAUUUAUUGGAAGAAGAAAGAUAACAGAAAAAAUUAACAUCAAGCAAGGAAGGCCAGAACAGGAACCUCUAUUGAAAAGUGGCGAGGUGUAUAUUUUAGAGACAAGACUGUUACAAAUCACAUAAUUAAUUAACAGUAUUAUCACAAGCCGAACACACCAAAGUAACAACUAUUAGCAUUAAUUUGUUAUUCCCAUUAUUACUAUCACUCUAGUAUUUACCAUCAUCAGCUUCAACAACAACAAUAAUAACAUGAAUAGCAGUCCAUAUGCACACAUACAUGUAUGCAUACACAUCAUAUACGCAUACGCAUAUACACGCACGUGCAAACUGAUUGAUACAAAGGUAAUAAUUAUGUGAGCCAAUUAAACUGAGCUUCAUUGGACAUUGACAACAUUCAAAGCAGGGAUAUUAUAUAUAUAUAUAUGUAUAUAUAUAGUGAACAAAAAUAAUGUUAUUAAUAUCUUUAAUAAUAAUAUAACAUUCGUAAAAAAAAUAAUACCAAUAAUAAUAUUUCUUUCUUUAUUUUUUAUUUGUUUUAAUAAUUUUCACUCUUUUUAUAUAUAUAUGUAUAUAUCUAUAUAUAUAUUUUUCAAGAGACAAACCUACCAUCAUCUUUAAUCAUCAUUACCAACAUCAUUAAAAAAAAAAUUACUAAUGAACCGUUCAUCACAUCGUCAUUAUCUUCAUUAUUCCUAAAUAAUAACUACAACAUCAACAUCAAUAAUGGAUUAUGAUUUCAAGAUGAAAACUGCUGCUGAGCGUGCGAAGGUUGAAGAAUUGUUUGACUAUGAAGGUUGUAAAGUUGGAAGAGGAACAUACGGACAUGUUUAUAAAGCCAAACGGAAAAACAGCGCUGAUGGCCGGGAAUAUGCUCUGAAACAAAUUGAGGGCACUGGUAUCUCGAUGUCUGCUUGUCGGGAAAUCGCUUUAUUGCGAGAACUCCGACAUAAAAAUGUGAUUAGUCUUCAGAAAGUAUUUCUCUCACAUACAGAUAGGAAAGUUUGGUUAUUAUUUGAUUAUGCUGAGCAUGACCUAUGGCAUAUAAUCAAGUUCCACAGGUCUGCCAAAGCCAACAAGAAACAAAUUAGCUUCCCAAAGAAUAUGGUCAAGUCACUGCUGUUCCAAAUAUUGGACGGUAUUCAUUAUUUGCACUCCAAUUGGGUUCUCCACAGGGAUUUAAAACCUGCCAAUAUACUUGUAAUGGGUGAAGGCCCAGAAAGAGGAAGAGUUAAGAUUGGUAAGUCUUUUCGUCUUUGAAAUUGUUAGAUUUUUCAUAUUUUUAAUCUAGAUUUAAAAACUCUAGCAGAUCUAGAUCCUGUGGUUGUGACUUUUUGGUACAGAGCACCAGAAUUAUUAUUAGGAGCGAGACAUUACACAAAAGCAAUUGAUAUUUGGGCUAUUGGGUGUAUUUUUGCUGAACUGUUAACAUCGGAACCAAUAUUUCACUGCCGCCAGGAGGAUAUCAAAACUAGUAACCCUUACCAUCAAGAUCAGCUGGAUAGGAUUUUUAAUGUCAUGGGUUUUCCUCAGGAAAAAGAUUGGGAGGAUAUAAAGAAAAUGCCUGAGCAUCCAACAUUAAUGAAAGAUUUCAAGAGAUCAAAUUAUGUCAACUGUAAUUUGAUCAAGUAUAUGGAAAAACAUAAGAUCAAGCCAGACAGUAAAGCCUUUUUGUUGCUACAAAAAUUAUUGACGAUGGAUCCAACGAAACGUAUUACUUCAGAGCAAGCUAUGAAAGAUUCUUACUUUUCUGAAGAUCCACUGCCUUCACAAGAUGUGUUCGAGGGCAUGCCGAUCCCUUAUCCGAAAAGGGAGUUCCUUACUGGGGAUGACAAUGAUGAUAAAGCAGACACUGGGGCUAGCAAGGUUGGUGACAAACAAGCAGCCGCUGCUGAUCAAUCAUCUAGUCACAACCAACCUCCAUCAAAACGGGUAAGAGUUAUUCCCCCUGUCACCACGACAGGGGGCAGUACUAUAGGAACUUCAGAUUAUCAGGUAAAGCAUGUUCACAACAUUCAAGGAGGAAACCAGCAACAGACUGGCAUUACAAUGUCCACAGGCAAUACCUCACAGACUUCAAGUUCAAUAGUGUAUGGACAGUCCAGAUUUUAGAACCAGGUUGACAGAUAGAUAGAAAGACAUGUGCACACGUCCCAUUUUUGAAACUGUGUUUCGUAUGUCAGCCGUCAACAGUGACCCGUUUCUUUUGAGAUCAUUGUUGAACUGACCGCACGUGCUUGCUGUGUCUGUCUGUCUGUCUGUCCGAUACAUCUGGGUCUAGUUUUCUGGUACGAUUCGAUGACCAGUAAUACCUGUUUCUACCGACCAUCGCUGUUGGCAGUCGACCCUGCCGGGGAAAUAGCCAUGUAACCGUUCAGAAAUACACCAUUGAGAUCCUAUACAACUGCUAGGGUCAGGUUGCCGUUUUGCUUUCGUGCUCGACAGUGACUUCUUGGAGGAAAUGGUAAUAGCUCAGCAUCGAUGCCCCAAAGAUUACAAAUAUCAACAGAAAAUGCGGAACAAUUACAAACACCACAACAACAAUAACAACAGUAGUAAGGAAACAACAACAGACGCCAAACAGUUUAACUGAAUCAAAAGGAAAAUUAAGAUAAUUUUUUACGAACUUUUUUCAUACACAAAAGGAUAAACACAACAGACACCUAAUGAUAAAACACAUACACUAUUGUAGAAGCAUCACCUAGAAGGCAGUUGACAGUUAUAAACAUUAUUAUUAUUAUUAUUAUUAUUAUUAUUAAGAGCAACAGCAGCAGUCGCCAUCAUUGUCAUCCUCUUCAUCACUCAUUUUUAAUCAUCAUUAAAUACAAUUGACCUUAACCUGACCACAAUCACAAGAUCAGCAGCAGCAGCCAGAAGUAAUGAAAGAAAAGAAAAUUAUAAAAAAAAUUCCAUGUUUUUUUUUUUGAGUAACAUCCCUCCUUUUAGAAAAAAUAAAUUUAAACUAAAAAAAACCAUUUGUGUUGGCAACAACAGUAAAAAAAAAAAAGGAAAAACAAGACAUGUACACAAACACACAUACAUAAAUGCAUACAUGCACAUACACGUUUAUAUAUGCAUACGCUCACACAAACACUUAGAUGAAAAAAAAGAAAUAAAAGAUAUGUAAAAAAAUAGAAAAAAAUUUUUAAACAAAAAAUUGAAAAAUACUGCAAAUAA